AAACCUCGCUCGCCGCAGUGACGAUGCGGAUGUGCCUCGCAGCGAGAGCCUCGGUGCAGUCGAGACAAUUAACUUGGUGCACUACAUUCGACGGAACCCAAGUCGCAAUCGAUAGCUUAGGCGAUCACUAUCAUAAUGAACCCUUAGAAUCCAGAAAUUGGUAUAUUGUAUUUUGUGGGUUGAAGGGUUGUGCGUCCGGGAGGUUGGUUGGUAUAUCUCUGGUUUUUGAGUAAUUUUUUUUAGUGUUGGAGGCAUCGAAUUUCAUUGAAGGGUUGGGAGAUUGUGGUGUCUUAGAAGCGAUCGACAACGGGUGCCAAGAUGCGAGCUGUUCAGAUUACCCGGUUGCUGCAAAACCUAGCCUCGCAGGGCGCUGCUGCGGCUUCAUACUCAUCCUUACGGCGCCUCGCACCUUUGGCGAGCCAGCAAUCCAGUUUGUGUCGCCUAUACGCCCGAGAUUCUUCCACGGAAUCUUUUGCAUGGAGCGUUGGGUCAGAGCCUGGUGCUUCCACGGGAGCUCCGGCGAGUGAUGGAGCGCAGGAAAAUGGGGCAACCUCAGGUGGGGCAUCCAGCUAGGUUUAUAGCUCUCCGUGUUUUGAAAAGUUUACGAGGAACGUUUGUUGCUGCAGAACAUCGGCAGGUCUUGUUCUUGAACUGAAGUAUGAAUGAGCCGAAUGAUUGCCGACCACAGUAGCUUUGGACUUGGAGCAAGUUUUAAAAACACAAGUGACAAAGACUCGGCAAGCGAUGAAGAGGCUGUGGACGAGAAGUCCCAGGUUCUCCGUGCGGCCAUGUCUCACGUGUCAAGGCUAGGGUGGACAGAAUCUGCUCUUGUGCAAGGUGCGAAGGACGCCGGGUUGUCGCCUGCCAUCGUGGGCUCUUUCCCACGCAAAGACGCCGCUCUUGUCGAGUUCUUCAUGGAUGAGUGCAACCGUCAUCUGGAAGACGAAGUUGAAGCCCGUGAGAAAGAGUUGUCCUCCAUGCUUCUUGCGGAGCGCAUAGCACAGCUUGUACGUCUACGUUUACAAAUGCAGAUCCCCUUCCUUUCGAAGUGGCCUCAAGCUCUUAGUAUACAGGCGCAUCCCAUGAAUGCUGCAACGGCGUUGAAGCAAAGGGCGGUGCUUAUGGAUGACAUUUGGCACGCAGUUGGCGAUCGGUCUACAGACAUGGAUUGGUACACUAAACGCGCGUUGUUGGGUGGCGUUUAUGCAGCCACUGAACUGUACAUGCUUACCGACUACUCUCCAGGUCAUCGUGACUCUUGGGCCUUUUUGGAGCGCAGGAUAAAGGAUGCUAUUGAUUGCAGAAAGACUGCACAAGAGGCUUCGCAAUUGGCGCAGGCUGUCGGCAUGGGUUUGAGCAAUUCACUCUCUUCUCUCUUUAGCAGGGGUUCUCAGAUGUAGUGCGUGUCUAGUGUCGAAAUGGUAGAAUGUACAUGACGAUGCAAUGGCAUGCAUACAAUGACUUUCAGUCGGCACUUUUUCCUAAUAAGUGUUUUAUAAAGUUUCUCUUUUCCAAACUAAGGUAUAGUAUCGACAUUUUUCUAUGGAAGAAGUCCCAUGCUCGCGUUCCCUACGCAGCAUCCUGGUAUAGUCAUCUGUGGUUGAAUAGAGUUUCUCCACUUAGGGAAGUUGGGGAUUUUGGA